AUGGCUCUCCGACCCUCCCUUCUCUCGCGAUGGGUCUCUGCGCUCUCGCCACCCACCCCCAUCUCCCUGUCUUCCAUGCGAGGCCUGACCGUGCGUCGUAGCCAUGCAAGGCUUCUGCAGCAAGCUUCCGGGACAACGCGGCGGUCCUUAACCACCGCCAUCCGGACUCCUCCACGAACAACCCCACUGAACCGACUCUUCCCUUCCAGACAAGGCCUCCGACCAGGCCGCCGCUUCAAUUCCACCGGUCCUAAGCCCCAGACGGAGCAAGAGCCCACAUCCCUAUCGGCGCGGCUGAAGAAACUGUCGCGCGAAUACGGCUGGGCCGCGCUGGGUGUGUACCUGGGCCUCUCGGCUCUGGAUUUUCCGUUCUGCUUCGCGGCCGUGCGGCUGCUCGGCGUUGACCGCAUCGGACACUACGAGCAUGUGGCCAUUGAGUUCCUCAAGUCGACGUUUGGAUCUGCGUGGCCGCAGCUCACAAAGGAAGAGGGGCAGGCCGAAGUAGCCGUCGCUACGGAAGAUGCCCAGCAGGGCCGGUUGGCUCGUGCGGAUGAGCGUAACAGGGGAGCAGAAGCUAGUAUAUGGACACAGCUCGCUCUGGCGUAUGCCAUCCACAAGAGCUUCAUCUUCAUCCGGGUGCCUUUGACGGCGGCCGUGACGCCCAAGGUGGUCAAGAUGUUGCGGCGCUGGGGGUGGAACAUUGGGAAGCGGAAGCCUAAGAGCUCCUCUUGA